CUUUAUUCAGUGCAUUGAUACGCUGAGGUUGGAUUUAUUGCUGCUUUUCUUCUGCUUAUUGAUCGAAAACCAUGGCUAUCGUCUCUCUCGGUCUACAGCAGCUGUCCAUGGCGACGGUCGUGUGGAAAAUUUUCCUAGCAAUUGCCUUAUUUAUUGUUGUCCACAUUUUAUCCCAAUUGCUUUUGCCGCGAGACAGAAAACGACCUCCCGUAGUAUUUUCAUGGAUUCCUGUCCUUGGUAAUGCCAUUGAAUUCGGCACCAACCCUAUCAAGUUUUUGCAAGAAUGUCAGAAAAAGUACGGUGAUGUGUUCACCUUCUAUCUUGUGGGAAAACGAGUGACGGUUUGCCUUGGUCCAGACGGAAAUCAAUUCGUUUUUAAUGCCAAGCAAAACCUGGCUUCGGCGGCCGCGGCUUACAAUGACAUGACAAAGCAUGUCUUUGGUAGAGAUAUUGUAUUUGAUGCGCCUCACAGUGUGUUCAUGGAGCAAAAGAGAUUCAUCAAAGCUGGUUUGAACAUUGAGACGUUCCGUCGCCAUGUGCCUAAAAUCGUGGACGAGACCAACCGAUUCUUUGACCAAUACGAGAAACCGACGGGCAUCAUGGAUACCUAUACUGCGUUUGGCAAAUUGAUCAUCUACACCGCUUCAGCCACCCUUCUUGGCCGCGAAAUUCGAGAGAACCUCGAUGACAGUGUGGCUCAACUGUACUAUGACCUUGACCAAGGAUUCCAGCCCAUGAAUUUCAUGUUUCCGAAUCUGCCUUUGCCCUCCUACAAGCGCCGUGAUGUCGCCCGUGAAAAGAUUAGUGAAAUCUACUCCAAAAUUAUUGCCCGUCGUAGAGAGGAAAAUGAUACGAGCAAUGUGGAUAUUUUGCAAGUGUUGAUGGACUCUACGUACAAGGAUGGAAACGAUGUCCCCGAUCAUCAUAUUGCCGGUAUUUUAACCGCAGCCCUGUUUGGUGGACAGCAUACAUCAGCCACCACUUCAUCGUGGGCAGUGCUGGAACUGGCGGCCCGUCCCGAUGUGGUGAAAGCCAUUCGCGAGGAACAGAUUGAAAAGCUGGGCUCGUUGAAAGUUGAGUUGACGUAUGAUAACUUGGAACAGUUGACGUUUUUAGAAGACGUGAUUCGUGAAACGCUGCGACUUCACCCGCCCAUUUUCCAGAUGAUGCGUAAAGUGGUGGCGGAUAAAAUGGUGUUUGAAAAGUAUGGCCUGGAAAUCCCAAAGAACGAUUAUCUGUGUGCGGUGCCGGGUGUGACUCAAAUCGAUCCCGCCUGUUUCCACAACCCGCUGAAAUGGGAUCCCUUCCGAUGGAGCAAGAAAACUGACCCGGUCCACUCGAUGGAACAAGGCGACGAUGCGAAUAUGGAUUACGGUUUUGGUGCUGUGGGUAUUUCGUCGCGCAACCCCUUCUUACCAUUUGGUGCGGGUCGUCAUCGUUGCAUUGGUGAACGCUUUGGUUACCUGCAACUCAAAGCGGUGGUGGCCACGUUUGUUCGCAAGUUUGAUUUCGAACUUGUCGACUCUUCCGUACCGAAACCCGAUUACACUUCCAUGGUGGUGGUUCCCCAAUCAAGCAAAAUUCGCUACACGUGGCGAGAGUAACGUCAUCUAUCCAUUUCAUUAUUUUGUUUCCUACAUGAUAUAUUUAUAUUACAAUCAACUAAUAAACAUAACCCCAUGUAUCUGCUCCAUAAC